AUGGCCUCAACUUGGACAAUGCUUGCAUUGUUUGCACUAGCUGCUUAUAUUCUGCAAGCAACAAUUAGGAAGAAAAAGAAUGGGAGGAGACUACCUCCAGGUCCAAGAGGCCUCCCAAUUUUGGGACACCUUCAUAUGUUAGGGAGGUUCCCUCACCGAGACCUUCAUCAGCUAGCCAAAAAACAUGGUCCUAUCAUGUACAUGCGCUUUGGCUUCGUCCCAAACAUCGUCAUCUCAUCCCCAGAAGCAGCCAAGCAGUUCCUCAAGACCCAUGACCAUGUUUUUGCUAGUAGGCCAGUUAUUCAGGCUGUUAAGUACGUGGCUUUCGAGCAAAAGGGCUUGCUUUUUGGUGAGUAUGGCCCUGCUUGGCGUAGCAUGCGCAAACUGUGCGCCUUGGAGUUGUUUAGCAAUGCUAAAAUAAAUUCAUUCAAGUCUAUGAGAGAGGAAGAGGUUGGACUUUUGAUCCAAUCACUCAAACAGGUGGAUGGUGGUGCUGUUGAUGUUAGCGCCAAAGUGUCGUCCAUGAGUGUGGAAAUGACUUGUCGGAUGGUGUUUGGGAAGAGGUACACGGAUGAGGACUUCGAUGAGAAGGGGUUCCAAUCUAUGAUUCAAGAGGGCAUGGACGUGUCAUCUACUCCCAACAUUGCAGAUUACUUCCCCUAUGUUGGGGCACUUGAUCUUCAGGGACUGAAACCCCGCAUGAAGGCUCAAAACAAGGUCUACGAUGCCUUUUUUGAGAAGAUCAUUGAUGAGCAUGCUCAAGCUAGGGACCAAGGUAAAACCAAGGAUUUUGUGGAUAUCUUGUUGGCCUACAUGGGAUCUGAAGAUGCUGAGUAUCCUAUUGAUCGUUCCCGAGUCAAAGCCAUUAUGUUGGACAUGCUUGUAGCCGGAAUGGACACUCCAACAACAACAAUAGAGUGGGGACUCUCCGAACUCUUAAGGGAUCCGCCAGUGAUGAAAAAACUCCAAAAAGAGUUGGACGAAGUGGUGGGAAUGGAUAGGAUGGUGGAGGAAUCAGACCUGGAGAACUUAGAGUACUUGGACAUGGUGCUGAAGGAAACCUUCAGGCUCCAUCCAGUUGCACCAUUACUGCUACCUCACGAGUCCAUGGAAGACUGCACGGUUAACGGUUUUCACAUACCCAAGAAGUCUCGAAUCACCAUAAACGUAUGGGCAAUCGGGCAAGACCCCAAUGCAUGGACUGAUCCUGAGAAGUUUUUCCCGGAGAGGUUUGUUGGAAGUAGUAUAGAUGUUAAGGGGCAAGACUACCAACUUCUCCCAUUUGGCUCGGGCCGAAGACAUUGUCCGGGGAUGCAAUUGGGUCUCAUAGUGGUCCGGCUACUACUAGCACAAUUGGUGCAUUGCUUUGAUUGGGAACUUCCAAAUAACAUAUUGCCAAAUGAACUGGACAUGACUGAAUUGUUUGGUCAUGUAACUACUAGGGCCAACCAUUUGGUGGCUAUUCCUAAGUAUCGCCUUCACAAAUGA